AUGGAUUCUUCUUCCUUGCGGAGCUCGUGCUUAGGGUUUCGCGUCCCUUGCUCGCGAUCGCGAUGCCGGGGCUCUAGGGUAAGUUUUGGGGCGCGAUGCGAGGCCCCGCGGCAGCUCAAGGAGGAGCGGCGGCGCACUCCUCCCACGGCAAAUGCGAGCGUGCCGGUGAGAAUGGUUUGGUAUCUGUCCGAGGCAUUCGGGAUCGCUGCUGCCGGCUUGCGAAAUUUCCAAUCCGGGCUAGGGAAAUCGCAGGACCAGGAGCAAGAAGAAGGGGAUUUUGAGGUCGUGACGAGAGAAAUGGCGUGCGAUCUGAUCAGGAAGGAUUACGAGCAGUCUUAUUUUGUCACAGGAAAGAUGACCACCGGGAUUUACAAGAGCGAUUGCGAGUUCGCAGACCCUUUUGUAUCAUUUAAAGGCCUGAAGCGAUUCAAGCAAAACGUUUCCAAUCUCGGGGCUUUCAUGGAGAAGUCGACACUCAAGAUUGCGAGCUGGGACGAAAAAGAGGAUAGUCUCAAAGUAGGAUGGCGUUUUCGAUGCGUUCUUGCUUUGCCUUGGAGGCCAGCUAUAUCAGCUAGCGGAAGCACAGAGUAUUUCUUCGAUGACGAGUCUGGCAAGAUUUGCAAGCACGUCGAGAGCUGGAACAUAUCACCGGCUGAUGGUGUUAGGCAAUUGUUCAAGCCGUCUAAAGCUGCCAAAUCGUAAAUGUAUAGUCUUGUAAGUUUUCUGUGUAGACUAAGUGGUCCAGUGUUUAACUCCCUCGUUUCUAUACCGUAAGACCGUAUGCUUGAAAGCUCUUUUGAGAUAAGCAAGUCUAGGGUUAAGGACCGAAAUUUCAAGUUUACAAGCCUGACGAUCUA